CUCAACAGUCUCCAAACAAGGAUCCAAACAACCAAACUUACCAGAAUGAAAUUCAUUAUCGCUCUCGCUUUCUUGGCCCUGGCUUUGGCUGCACCACAAGGUGACAAGAAACCCAUUGAAAUUAUUUCAUCCAACAGCGAAAUGAACGCUGAUGGCAGCUACUCUUUCAAUUUCGAGAGCGCCGAUGGCACAAAAGUGUCAGAGAGCGGCAACCAGAAGAAAGUCGGACCCAAAGAUGAAGAUAUUGGAACUGUUUCCAAAGGAUCUUACUCUUACAUUUCGCCUGAAGGUAUUACCAUCACCGUCAACUGGGUUGCCGAUGAGAACGGUUUCCAGGCCACCGGUGAUCAUUUGCCCACUCCUCCCCCGAUGCCCGAGCACGUCGUCAAACUCCUCGCCGAUUUGAAGGCCGCUGGUGUUCUGUAAACCCGCGCAUAUA